AUGUCAUCCAUUUUUAGUCAUGGAAAUUCAUCUAUUCUGCAGUGUCUUGACCGCGGUGACAAGAUUGAGGCCCCAAGAUUUCAGGACACAGGGAACAAAAAUGAAAAGGAAGAUGUGGUUUCAGAAUAUGAAGAUAAAAUUGAUUGUUGUGGGGAUCAUCAUUCUCAUAGGCUUUGUGAUAUUUUUGUCAAUCUGCCGUGGUUUUUAAGUGUACCUAAGUUUGCAUCGGAAUAUGUCCAUGGACGCUUUCGUGCUGUCAUGUGGCAUUGGUAA